UCUUCUCUUUCUUUCUCUUUCUCUGGGGCUGCCUGGUCUUGGCAUCUCCGCACUCGCGUGGACCAGGUCAUUCUCUUCUCUGCUCUCACCGUUGCGAGUUGAGAAAAGAGAGAAAGAGAAACCAACUAACUAAACGAAGCCAUGGCUCAGCCUUCCACCAACGGCGAUCUGAAUCAGCAGGCUCAGCAGCCGCAGCAGCAGUGGCCGCAGCCGCCUCAGUAUCAGCACCAAUGGAUGGCCAUGCAGUACCCGGCCACCGCCAUGGCCAUGAUGCAGCAGCAGAUGAUGAUGUACCCUCAGCAUUACAUGCCCUAUGUCCACCACCAGUACCCGCCCCCGCCCCCGCCGCCCCAGCACCACCACCACCACAACACCAAGCAGCUCUCCGCCGCCGCCUCCUCCUCCGACGAGAUCAGGACCAUCUGGCUCGGCGACCUUCACCAUUGGAUGGACGAGAACUACCUCCAUAACUGCUUCGCUCACACCGGCGAGGUUGUGUCAGCCAAGGUCAUACGGAAUAAGCAAACUGGUCAGUCUGAGGGAUAUGGAUUUGUGGAGUUCUAUUCGCGGGUGACAGCGGAGAAAGUCUUGCAGAACUAUAAUGGCACCAUGAUGCCAAAUACGGAUCAGGCGUUUCGUCUGAAUUGGGCCACGUUCAGUGCCGGCGAUAGGCGUUCUUCUGAUGCUACUUCUGAUCUCUCUAUAUUUGUGGGAGACUUGGCCAUAGAUGUUACUGAUGCAAUGCUGCAAGAGACUUUUGCUAGCAGAUUUUCGUCCAUUAAGGGAGCAAAAGUUGUCAUUGAUUCUAAUACUGGCCGUUCAAAAGGCUACGGUUUUGUUAGGUUUGGUGAUGAAAAUGAGAGAACAAGGGCAAUGACUGAGAUGAAUGGUGUUUAUUGUUCUAGUAGGCCCAUGAGAAUAGGUGUUGCUACUCCCAAGAAAACAUAUGGCUAUCAACAACAAUAUUCUUCUCAAGCUGUAGUGUUAGCUGGUGGACACCCAGCUAAUGGUGCUGUUGCCCAAGGUUCCCACUCUGAAGGGGAUUUUAACAACACUACCAUAUUUGUUGGAGGGCUUGAUUCUGAUAUCAGUGAUGAGGAACUCAGACAACCAUUUUUGCAAUUCGGUGAGGUUGUCUCUGUGAAAAUUCCAGUGGGUAAAGGGUGUGGAUUUGUUCAAUUUGCUGACAGAAAGAAUGCUGAGGAAGCAAUUCAGACAUUGAAUGGGACAGUAAUUGGGAAGCAAACAGUGCGUCUUUCUUGGGGUCGCAGUCCAGGAAAUAAGCAUUGGAGAACUGAUUCCAAUGGAAGCCAUUAUGGUGGUCAGGGUUAUGGAGGGCAUGGAUUUGCUGCGAGACAGAAUCAGGAUAUUGCCAUGCAGCCUGCUGCUGCAGUUCAAGGGGCUUCCUAACGGGGCUUAGCGGAACUCUAUUGAAGUAGGAUGGAUUUUAUUGCUCUCCACUAAGCUGUAGUAUUAUUUUUAAAUUUGUAGCUGGGUUAUACGGUAUGCGAGGUUCUAAAGAUUGUAUUAAAAUGACUGAAAUUUUGGAUUGAACCCGACCAUAUAUAAUAUGCCUCGGGUAUUUUUGUUUUUUAAACCAUUAAAACAUAUUGGUAGCAGACAGCUAAAAUUAUUUUAAAUACUUAUCUUUACAGUACAUUGUUGCUGUUUGCAAAAUUUCCA